AAGCGAGUGUGUGAAUGUAAAUGCUUCUUUCUUCUUUUUCUUCUUAUUCUGAUCGAGACAGACAGAGUUGACAGAACGCGAGAGAAACUAUGGUGAUCCGGAAGGUCGGGAAGUACGAGGUGGGCAGGACGAUUGGGGAAGGGACGUUCGCCAAGGUCAAGUUCGCCCAGAACACCGAAACUGGUGAGAGCGUUGCCAUGAAAGUGCUCGACCGCAGAACCAUCAUCAAGCACAAGAUGGUCGACCAGAUUAAGAGGGAGAUAUCCAUAAUGAAGCUUGUCAGACAUCCAUAUGUUGUCCGUCUACAUGAGGUUCUUGCCAGCCGUACAAAAAUAUACAUAAUAUUGGAGUUCAUUACAGGCGGUGAAUUGUUUGAUAAAAUAGUUCACCGAGGGCGAUUGAGUGAAACUGAGUCAAGAAGAUACUUUCAACAGCUUAUUGAUGGCGUGGAUUUUUGCCACAGCAAGGGAGUUUACCACCGAGAUUUAAAGCCUGAAAAUCUUCUGUUGGAUUCCCAAGGAAAUCUAAAAAUUUCAGAUUUUGGCCUUAGUGCAUUGCCUGCCCAAGGAGUUAGCCUCCUUCAUACCACCUGUGGAACUCCUAACUAUGUCGCACCUGAGGUACUCAGCCAUAAGGGUUAUGAUGGUGCUGUAGCAGAUGUCUGGUCCUGUGGUGUUAUUCUUUAUAUUUUGAUGGCAGGAUAUCUCCCAUUUGACGAUAUUGACCUCACAACACUGUAUAGUAAGAUAGAGAAAGCGGAGUUUUCAUGGCCAUCCUGGUUUUCAGUUGGGGCAAAAUCCUUGAUUCAUAGAAUUCUGGACCCAAAUCCUGAAACUCGCAUUUGCAUUGAAGAGAUAAGGAAUGAUGAAUGGUUUAGGAAGGGCUAUGCUCCUGUUGAAAUUGUUGAGUAUGAGGAUGUUAACCUGGAUGAUAUAUAUGCUGUUUUUGAUGAUCCUGAGGAGCAGCAGGUUAAUGAGAACUCUGGGAAGGAAGACAUGGGUCCUCUGAUUCUAAAUGCUUUUGACCUAAUCAUUCUCUCGCAAGGGCUGAACCUUUCAGCAUUGUUUGACCAUGGACAGGACUGUCUGACGCAUCAAACACGCUUUUUAUCACAAAAACCAGCAAAAGUUGUUCUGUCAAGUAUGGAAGUUGUUGCACAAUCAAUGGGGUUCAAAACUCAUAUCCGUAAUUAUAAGAUGAGGGUAGAAUGUCUUGCAAAGAAUAAGGCUUCACAUUUCUCCAUUAUUUUGGAAAUUUUUGAAGUUGCACCCUCAUUUCUCAUGGUGGACAUUUGUAAGGCAUCUGGAGAUUCAGUUGAAUUCCUCAAGUUCUACAAGAAUUUUUGUAGCAAGCUUGAGGAUGUUAUCUGGAAACCACCAAAUGAGACCAGCAAGUCAUGGUUAACCAGGUCAAUGAGGCGCUAGUUUUUUUUCCAUCAACCUCUAUAUGCCCCUCACAUGUGUAAUUAUAUAUUGCAUUGAACACGGUACCUAAUUUGAUGGUCAAUGCAAUGUUGUGACCCUGAGUUGCAGCUUCUGUGCAGUUUACCUUAAACGCAUGUUGGGUAUGCAACUCAUUUGUCAUAUUCUGCAUUGUAAGUGCUGCUUUGUGGUAGAAGGCAAUGGAUGGAACUCAUUAAGAUAGGAAAUUAAUUGAGUUCCUGGGUUGAAAUUUC